GUCUAACACGGACUUCUUCAUCGGUGAAGGUCCCGCUAGCCGACACAACGAAAGAAAGAGAUUGCUGCACCAUGAGGCUUGCCUACUCGCUGCUAGGGCUGAUUGCUACCGGUUGUGCCUUUUCGCCGUGGAUUGCGAUAGGUCCAGCGCAAACGCGCUCACAAAUCGCACUGCUUCCUCCGCCAAGGCACGAGGCCUUGAUUUCACCGUCGCGACGAAGGGCGCCCGCCCUUGCUCUUUCCUCGAAAGAUUGGGACGCUAUACUUGCGGAGGACGACGACAGUAAUCAGAAUGGAAGAAUUCCUGCCAAACCAGAUAUGCAGUACAAUCCGCGCAACAUUCAACGCCAACAUCACAAUUUUGUUGCCAUUCGCGAAGCCGGCGGUCCCGAAGUUACCAACGAUGUGUAUGUGCCUGAGCCAAACUCGGAAGUCUUUUGGUUUGUCGGUAAGGUGGCUCGAAUCUCCGAUGUCUCGGUCGAACAAGUCAUUGCUAGACAGUGGCCUCUCAUUGAACAGCACGCUGCCAAUCUACGGCCAAUUGAGCUAUAUCCGAGCCGUGGAAGGUUGGAAAUUUGGUACGCGCCGGGUGACUCGGAAAUGGAAGUGGCAUACAAUCGGCCGGAUUUGGUAUUACAAAAGGCUUUCCGGGAUGCAGAAGGCGCCGACUCUAUUAAGCACAACUUAAUUGGUUUUCAGGGGGAAAUGUACCAGGGUGGAGAGGAAGGAUUCCGUACCCGCCGCAAAUCCGACGGUAGCCCGGUCAAGCCAGAGAUCCAAUCACCCAAUGCGAACGAGCUCCAGGCGCCGACUGAGGAUGAUAUGGAACGAUUGGAAAAGGAACUAGAAGGAAAAGAUAUUAACGAAGUCUAUAAAGAGCAACAAAGGCGGUACGGGAACAAAGUGGACGACGAUUAA